UGAACUCUCUCUCUCUCUCUCUCUCUCUAAAAACUCUCAUAUUUAUUCCUGGCUGUUACUGUCUUUUAAUGCUCCAUCAGUUCAGUUUCAUUUUCCUCCGCCGUUAACAUUUGCCCUCCAAAUUUCUCACCUUCUUCUUCCUCCCACCAUUCAUCUCAGUAUUUUGUUGUUUAGCCUGUAAGCUACAACCAUGGAUGGGCCCAAGCAACGCACGCAGAGUCGUACGGUCACAAACAAACUCGUCAAGACGCUCACCACCCACUUCCGCGAAUCCAAUGCCGGCCGAGCCCCCAAAAUCGUACGGAUUUUCGUCACCGACGACAACGCCACAGACUCUUCCGGCGACGAAGAAGAACCCUCGCCAAGCCGGAAACACCGGGUUCUCGUGAAGCGCGUCAUCAACGAGGUCAGAAUCGAGGACUCUUCUUCGCAAACGAUGCUCCUUCCUAAACCGAAGGCUCGGAGGUGCAGACCGGUGGAGGAGAGUAACGAGGUUUCGCCGAACGGGAAGAAAUACCGAGGCGUACGGCGGAGGCCGUGGGGGAAAUGGGCUGCGGAGAUCCGAGACCCGCAUCGUGGAGUCCGGGUCUGGCUCGGAACAUUCGAGACGGCGGAGGAGGCCGGUAUGGCUUACGAUAGGGCUGCCAUUGCGUUUAAAGGACCUCUGGCUUUGACCAAUUUCCUCAAGCCUCCCGAAAAUGCCAUUCCGGAUAACUCGGACGUGGACUGCAACCAAAUCUCUCAGUCUCCGCACAACUCGGAUUGCAAUCACUGUGUGUGGUCGCCGACGUCUGUUCUCAGUGGCCGAGAUGCUGAAAUCGUCUGGAAACCGGUUGUUGGGGUUUCGGAGCGACAAAAUUUCGGGGCUGUUGAUACGGACUUUUGGUUGAAAGAUUGCUUCGAACCGCCGAUAUGUUUCGACGAAAUGAGAGUCGUACCCGAAACGUUGUUAAAAGAUGAGGAUUUCUCCGAUUUAUCGCUCGAUUUCCGGUCGUGUAAUUGGGAUGACGUGGAGGAUUACUUUCAAGGUGCUUAUGAGUUAAAAUGAUCAUCAUCGAAAGUGGCCUUGUGGAUUUUGAAUAAUGCUUCAAAAGAUUUUGAGUGCAAAAAGUGGUUGAGAACUUGAGAGUUUGCGAUAUAGUAAUUAGUUUAUAUAAAUUAAACUAAAUUAUUAGUAUUUAUUAUUAUUACUACUAAUUGAUGACUUUGUAAAUUCGUUUGUAUAAGGUUAAGGUAUUGGUAUUGAUUUUGAUCCUAAAUUUUUGGAUGUUUUU